UACAGCUUUAAACAAAACCUAAGGACCAAGAAUCAGUCUUUUGAUUUGCUUGAUGUCUCUGGUUCAGUGAGUUCCCAAGUCUGUGACUCGACAACCCCAGACAAAAUGACUUAUGAUGACCACAACCUUGCAUCUGAAGUCACUGGAGCAGAAGAAGAACCCUCUUCAAGUCAGAAUGUAAAUGACAUCAUGGUUGUUAAGGCAUUAAAAAAAAGAGGAGGGAAUAGAAUUUACAACAAGAAACACUAUUGCUUGUAUUGCUCUAAACCAUAUUCUAAGAUCGCAAGGCAUCUAGAAGGUGCACAUGAAAAUAAACCUGAUGUAGCUAAAGCUCUAAGCUUUCCAAAGGGUUCCAAGGAGAGGAAAAAACAGCUAGAUUAUAUUCGUAACAGAGGAAAUUAUGCUCACAAUGCUGCUGUAAUGGAGUCAGGAAAGGGGGAACUAGUGCCAUUUAGGCGACCUCAUAAAGAAGUGCAGGGAAAGGAAUUCAUGCACUGUGCAUAUUGUCAAGGUCUUUUUACAAGAAAGGUUCUUUGGCGGCAUAUGCAUAAUUGUAAACUUAAACCCGGAUCAGUCACCUCCAAACCAGGAAAGAACCGUGUUCAGUCCAUGUGUACAUACACAGGGCCUGUGCCUUCACACGUAAGUAAACAACUGUGGGGAGUAAUCGGUGCCAUGAAUCCUGACCCAGUCACAGAUAUAAUCAAAAAUGACCAAGUCAUUAUUGCUCUUGGACAGCACUUGUUAAACAAAGGUGGACCAUCACGCAAGAAUCAACAGUAUGUUCGAGAGAAGAUGAGAGAAAUCGGAAGGCUGAUUUACAAUGCCAGCAAAGUGACCACCUUAAAAAAAUUGGAAGAUUUCAUAAAUCCAAAGAACUACAUGGACACUGUCAAAGCUGUCAAGUUUACAUGUGGGUAUGACAGUGAAACAAACAAGUUCUUAAUUCCAUCACUGGCAAACAAACUUGGAAAUGCCUUGGUUAAAGUAAGUAAACUUUUAAAAGCUCAGGGUUUAAUCUCAAACAACAAAGAGCUUGUUGAGAAUGCCAGUAAGUCUCUAGAUGUCCAUCAGCAAAAGUGGAAUGAGAUGAUCUCAGCUACUGCAUUGAGGAACAUCAGUGAAGCAAAGUGGAAUGUGCCCACUCUCAUGCCCUUUACUGAAGAUGUCCAAAAAAUGCAUGCAUAUCUCAAUGAAAUGCAGGAUAACUGGUACAAAUCGCUCUAUGAAAAUCCCUCUGUAAAAGCCUGGAUUGAGCUUACAAAGGUGUGUAUGACCCAGAUCAUUCUCUUUAACCGGCGCAGGGAAGGAGAGGUGGCAAGCAUGCCCUUAUCUGCAUUUUUAUCGAGAGACACCUCUGAUCCACAUCAGGAUGUGGACUGGGCUCUGUCUGAAGUGGAAAGAAAACUUUACAGACACUUUACACGGAUUGUCACCAGGGGGAAACGUGGUCGCCCAGUUCCAAUUCUAUUGACUCCAAAAAUGCUGUGUGCAUUAGAACUCCUUGCUAAGCAGAGAGGGGCCUAUGGGGUACUAAAGGACAAUCAGUAUAUGUUUGCGAGACCAGAAGCUAUCACACAUUUCCGAGAUUCUGAUUGCAUCCGUGGAUUUGCCAAGGUGUGUGGUGCAAAAUGUCCUGAAUCACUGACAUCUACCAGACUGCGAAAGCAUGCUGCAACCCUUUCAACUGUGCUGAACAUGACAGACACAGAGAUGGACCAGCUGGCCACCUUUCUUGGACAUGACAUUAGAAUCCAUCGUGAGUUCUAUCGACUCCCUGAGAAAACCCUGCAACUUGCAAAGAUCAGCAAAGUUCUAAUGGCACUCGAGCAGGGAAGAUUAGCUGAGUUUCAUGGCAAGAACUUGGAUGAAAUUCAGAUAGAUCCAGAUGAAAAAGUUCUGGACAGUGAUGAGGAAGACUUCCAGGAGAAAUGUCAGGCAGAUUCAUCAAUUAUAGAUGAACCAUCAGCAGAGGAGAUACUUCCUCCUACCGAAAGGAAUGAAAUGCCGCCACCACCGUCCAAGAGACAUAAACCACUACCAUUAGAUGAUACAUCACCGUCAGUAGUCAGUACUGUGAGGCCUUCAUCCAAAGGUAAAGUGACCCAAAAGAAGAGACCCUGGCAGCAGACAGAGGUGCAGGCAGUGGAGAGGCACAUGAAUCGGUUCAUCAUAUCUGGUAUUGUGCCAGCAAAGAGCGAUUGCGAGAGGUGUUUAAGAGCGGAACCAGAAGCUCUUAAGCAAAGAAACUGGGAGAACUUGAAAUUCUAUGUGUAUAAUCGCAUCACGGCCUACAAAAGGGAAAUUCAACGUAAAUAGGGUUAAAGUUACGAAUUCUCUGGUAUGGCUUUUUGUUUCCGUUUGCCAGUGAUUUGGAAAGGUUCCUGUUUUAAAACUCAGUCAACAGGAAUUUAUUUGCUUUUAGAUUCAUUUGACUUCAUUUGGUGAGUUUGUGAAGUUGAAUUCCUAAAAAGUUGCAAAUUUUGUAGUUUAAAUUUAAGCUUAAUGUCAUGGCAGUUCUUGACCGUUUGACGUUAUAUAUAUAAAAUAAUAGCCAAAAAUGCCAAUGAUUUUGACAGGUUUCUGUUUUAUAUUAGGAAAGCCUAUCUGAAAAAUCAGGCAACAGGAAUUUGAUUGCUUUAGAUUCAUUUGACUUAAUUUGAUGAGUUUGUUUGUGAAGGUGAACUCAUUAAAAGUUGCAGAUUUUGCAAUGUUAAUGUCGCGUUCAGUGUCGUGUUGUGUGGAGUUCAAUCUGUGUCUUAUUAUAAUGGAAGUGUGGUGGAAUUUACCACCAGAAGUCCAAUCUUCUCUACACCCAACAAUAUGUAAUAAACCAACAUGUUGUAUUCAAUAA